CGCACUUGGUUUUGUUCUUUUCUUGUGAUACUCGUUCACUCAUUCUUCGCGGCGAUCAAUUCGUCUGCUGCUUUACAUUGUUUAUAACGUACUCAGACCCUAGUCUAUAAUUGAAGCACACUUAAUUGAUGGAUACUUUGCACAAACCAUAGCUGCAAAGUAUAUGAUCAACAGACCCAUAAAUGCGCCUAAAGACACAGCCACAGUCACCUGAAACCCUAAUCAUUUAACGGAUGAGCUGAACUGACACGACUCCAACAACCCAACAAUGGCUGCUUCAAACGAGCAAUAUCCCCCGGACUUCUCUGACGAAAGAGGUCUCGCCUUGAUAUCCGACAUCAUAGACUGGCAGAUCAAUCAUGGUUCAUUGCUAAAGAACAUUGAUCCCGAGACUAACUUUCCCGACGAUCCAUCCCAAUGCUUUCCUGUCGGUGUGACGGUCUUUCCUACAUUAUUCCCCCGAGAGCAAUUCGAUCGCGCUUGUGGAUUACAAACUAUUUGCAAUGAGCUGUACUGCGCUAUGGCUGAAGACGAACAGUGGAUUUUCGAGGCAAUCCGAGACCUGAUCCCGGUUGAUCCCCUCGCCGCAGCGCUCUGGGGCAUCCAUGAGGAGGUGAAAAAAGUCGGAUAUGCGCAAAAGGUCUCGGUCGGCAUUUUCCGAUCGGAUUACAUGCUGGACGGACCUGGCGCGGAGUUUCCUCUCGAACCAGGAGAGAGCUUCCAUGGCUCUCUGAAGCAGGUCGAACUGAACACAUUCUCAUGCGCUGGGGCAACCCAUGCGAACAAAGCUGCGGAGAUGCAUCGCUACUUUGCACGGACCAAUGCCUAUGAUACUGGUAAUGGCCACCCGAUCAAGAUCUCACUCGCUGCUCUGCCCCCGAACAACAACAUCGCAUCGCUCUCCGGAUGUCUCGCUACUGCGCACGAUACAUAUGGACCAAAAAAGAGCAUAGUAGCUACUGAGACCGCCGUUCUAUUCGUGGUGCAGCCCAACAACUUCAACAUCGCCGACGAGCGUCCUCUCGAAUACGCAUUAUGGGAUCGCGACCCUCCCAUUCCCGCAUAUCGAGUUAACUACCCUAUUGAUCUCCUCCAAUACACGACGUUAACCGAAUCGCGAGAACUUCUCUUCCAUCCACCAUGGCUGGGGUCGAAGUGCGUCGAGAUCUCAGUCGCCUACAUGCGUGCCGGGUACGAGACACACGAGUACGACACCAUUGGCAGAGAAGCUCGUCUUCGAAUCGAGCUUUCCAUGGCGAUCAAAUGUCCUUCACUGUUGGCGCACAUUUGCACGUUCAAAAGAGUCCAAUGUGCGCUCACAGCGCCCGGAGCGCUGGAUCAUUUCAUACCCGCCUCAAAAGCAGCGCUUAUCCGGUCAACGUUUGUCUCCAUGUAUCCACUCGACGAUUCCGAUGCUGGAGCCCGCGCUCGUCGUCUUGCGACCGAUCCGGAGCUCUCGCGCAAUUAUAUCUUGAAGCCCUCCUUGGAAGGUGGAGGGCAUAAUAUCUUCGGCGAGGACAUUCCUGAUUUUCUUGCUUCUCUUCCCGAGUCUCAGUGGGGCGCGUAUAUUCUCAUGGAGCGGAUUCGGUCCCCGUCCGUGUCGAAUGUCUUGUUAUCUUCCUCUGGGUUGGAUUCGGGGGGAGUUAUCUCAGAGCUGGGCGUAUUCGGGACAUGUCUUUGGCGGGAGGGCACGGAGGGUCGACACUGUGAGAUGCUUCAGAAUUCGGUCGCUGGGUGGUCAUUCAAGACUAAACAUGAAGACGUGAAUGAGAUGAGUGUUGUGAAGGGAUAUGGGUGCUUUGAUACGCCGCUGCUAUUCUGAUUUUGCUCUACGAAUGGUAUCGCCGGAUCACUACGGAAUGAUCUCUACUUUUGUUUCAAACCGAUGAUAAUGAACACACUUAGUACCCGAGCUCCGAUCCGCCGUUAUUCCAGUAAGCCUCUUGAUGUUAUUUCACGCCUGCUAUAGCGUAGAAUUAGCCGCCAGCAAGGUCUAGCUCAGUGCCAAGAGUGCGAUGGCUGAUCGCAGUUAGUUUUAAACACGGCUCUGUGGUCACACUAUGGGAUCCUCCUAAUAGAACUUCGGACAUGGCAGGAUUCAAGGUCGCGUACUCCCGACAUGUACUAGUAGCUCGCGGAGAUUCCCUUGCCACCGGACGUGGUUAAGAGGAAAGGAUCAGAACAACAAGGAGAGAGGCAAGAACAGAAAAACAGAGACAUCAAGAGGCGAUCAUGCCGGAGGCUAAGAAAGAGAUCAACAACACCAUCCGCCCAGGCUGAUUAAACGGUUCCAUGGCUCCAAAACUGCCGACACCGUCUGAAAUAAAG